GAGUCGACCGGUGCUGGUCGUAUACGGCAUACCGCCGCGCGCUCCCGCCACACGCGAUCACAAACUUCGCUCGCGAUACUCGCACCACCACUUGGCGCUGAAAAUUAAAAACAACCCCUCCACCACUUACCACGCUACGAACUAGAGUGAGACGAGCCGGCGCCGCAGACGGGACCGCUUAAAAACUCGUAAAACCCGCGGCACGCGUUCCACAGUCGUAAAAUAAUCGUAAAAAGUAAACACACGUCAACUGGCCUUUAUCGCCAACGGAGCCCAUUAUGACGCUCGAGUGACGUUUAAGAGGCAAUAAAAUUAAUAAAAUUAAAUUUCAUUGUCUCGUAUUCGGAGUGACAUUGGCGGAGGUCGCGUUAUCACGGCGCGUGGGGCAGCGAUGACAUAAGUGUUGUCAAACUGAGUGACGUUUGUGUCGGUGACCGGUCAGAAUGAACUCCUACUUCGAGCAGGGUGGUUUUUAUGGGGCGCAUGGUGUGCACCAGGGCGGUGGCGGCGGCGACCAGUACCGAGGGUUUCCACUGGGGCUGACGUAUGCCCAGCCCCAUGCUCUGCAUCAGCCCCGGCCGCAGGAUUCUCCUUAUGAUGCCUCAGUAGCAGCGGCAUGUAAACUGUACGCUGGAGAGCAACAGUACGCAAAGGCUGACUGUUCAAAGGCAGCUGGUGAACAACAGAAUGGGUAUGGAGCUAAAGAAUGGGGGUCAGGCCUGGGUGCACUAGUGAGGCCGGCAGCAUGUACUCCAGAGGCCCGGUACAGCGAAUCUUCGAGUCCAGGAAGAGCCUUGCCGUGGGGCAACCAGUGUGCGCUCCCGGGAGCAGCGGCAGCCGCAGCACAACCAGUACAGCAUCAGCCCACCAACCACACCUUCUACCCCUGGAUGGCCAUAGCAGGUAAACUCUAUGAAGGAGCGAACGGCCUGAGAAGACGAGGAAGACAAACGUACACUAGAUAUCAAACGCUAGAGUUAGAGAAAGAGUUCCACACGAAUCACUACCUCACGCGGAGGAGACGCAUCGAAAUGGCGCAUGCAUUGUGUCUCACGGAGCGACAGAUCAAAAUAUGGUUUCAGAAUCGAAGGAUGAAGUUAAAGAAGGAAAUACAAGCUAUAAAGGAGCUAAAUGAACAAGAGAAACAGGCGCAGGCGCAGAAAGCGGCAGCGGCGGCUGCAGCCGCGGCGGCCGCACAGGGCCAUCCUGAACAUUAAGGCCUUCAGCCAUAAGGUCCGCCCAGGGCCAACUUGAACACUAAGGUCUUAUACCACAAAGCCCGCCUAGGGCCCGGCCUUGCCCAGUGAUAAGAUCGCAGUCCGCCGAACACUCAUUAGUUUUGUGUUUGUAUAUUGUUUGUAAUUAUUUUCGUUAUUUAAGUGUUGUUCGGUUGUUGUGAUUAUUUUUUUAAUUAAUUAUUAAAUAGACACAUGUUUUUCUAAUUAAUAAAACGAACAAUAAACUGUUAAAUGCUAGAUUAGAAACGGGUCGUAUUAUUUUGUGUUUCGAGUUUUGUUUAUUGUUGAUUUAUUAAAUUUUAAUAUUUUAAUUCGCGCUAAAGUCAAAGGCGUAUGGAAAUCAGUGCAAUUUGUAGGAAUCUCUUCCGUGUAACAUAGUGUAGAUGAAUCGUAGUGCGUUUUACAUUAUGUGCGACAUAGCAAAUGUAGCUCGGCAGCGUCGGUGAGACGGACUGUAUUGUACAAAUUUAAUAUGCCUACCAAAGAGACCCGGUCUCGUACCCUUAAUGCUAAGUAAAGAGUCGUAAGUUAAUAAUCCGCUAUUCUGAUAUCGGACUUAUGUGUGAAACAGAAUAAUCUUCCGCGCCAUCUAAUCCUCCAAUACUCUCGCAUAAGUAUAGUGUAAACGUGAUCGUGUUCCUGCAGUUUUAAUAGUCGGUGAAGUUAAACAAAUUGCCAUAAAUAUAAGUAGUUAUUAUUUAGAUACAUAGCGGUGUAAAUAGUUAGGGUAUAGUCUACGAUGUUGAAAGUGAGCGGUUUGGGAUUGCGCCGGCGCCGUGGAAUGGUCAGAAAAACCAACCAGGAGGGAGAGAGAGGCGACGAGGAGCGGGGAGCGUGCGCCGCCGGCCACCAAACAGGACUAGGUGGUCGUCGCGUAAUACGUUAACGAUGUUUUGGUAGGUGUUAGGGAAGAUGCUAGUCCCGAAUCCUACAGCACGCUUCACAUCCGUAUGUUGUCUCUCUAAAUCCACUUUAAUUUUGAAAUCAUAAAGCCUGUGACGCUAUCGAGAUAUCAAAAUUCAACUAUAGAAUACAUUUUUCUGCCCGCCCACACAACCGCUUAGGCAAUCGACUGUCGGAGAUUUAUUGUCAAAAUUUCCCGUUAGUAACGCUUACCGAGCACACUCCGCGUAUCACUAUUUCACGAAUAAAAGAACCAGUCGCGAUAUCAUCGUCGACUAUAAAUUAUAUGAAGCUCGGAUGAAAAAUCGCGGUUUGGUGUCCGCUUAUUUAUCGUUUACCUUAACUUAUGAAUAAAUAUAUGGAGAUAUUAAAUAGAUGUGUCUAUUAAUAUUGAUUAAUACGUUAUUGAGUAGUGUAAGAAAUUGCGAAACGAUCGCCGUGAAGAAACUUUAUACAAAAUUUUAUAUUUUUGAAAUUAAACGUACAGUUAUCGAGUGUUAGUUACGAGAGUGCCGCUAUCUAUCGAACUGAUCUGCUAUCAUGUUCCAUCGGUACGGUGGCUGUUCUGCACUAGGCAUAGGUCGAGUUCCCGCGUUUGGUUCCGUGAUAUAUUGUUCCGCAUCUCCCGGUAUAAAUCUUGAACGCCUGCUGAGGUACACGGGACACGGCCGCCGCGCCGCAGCUCCGAGCUUCAAAUGGAAUUGUGUUUUUAUUUAUCGUGCGAAUCGUGCCCCACUAUCGCUCACUCGAAAUCGUACUUUAUCUACAAAAACCCGGAGUCGAAUCGGUGUGGGUUUUACAGCUCUUUAUAGUUACUCGCUCAUGUGUAGGCAUUUUAUUACAUACUUUAGUUUGCAUGACUGUUCAAGAUUUCCAUUCCAUUAUUAUGGAUGAUUUUCAUAUUUAUAUUAAGAUACAUCAAGAGGUAUUUUGUUGAGCAAGACAUAAUUAAAGUAUAAAGAAUAAUUAAAGGUCGUAUAAAGGUUCUGGUUGAUAUAGGUACAUAAUGGUGAUAGUGGGGUUAAAAAAUGUUCAAAACACGAUUUAGUGUUAACACGUUCAUUGCCUUUGUGAGAGUGAAUAUUAUAUAAUUGCUCAAUAUUUGUAUACCAUAUAAAAUUUAAACAAAUUAUAAGCAAACGGUGAAGCAGGUGUAUGUGUUUGAUCUCGAUAUAUGUUGUCUAGCUUCAUCAAUGUGUUGUUUAUUGAACCAUUUAAUAAUUCACUUAAAUAUAACAUCAUCAGUAUUUUAUAAUAUAUAAAAGCAAGCAUUGAACGUGUUAAGAUAACAUAGUUAUAAUAAUAUCUAAUGUAAAUAUUAAGGUUAGUCUGUAUGUACCUAAUUGUAACAAAAAAUCUGAUGUACAACGUCUGUAUACGUACACAAUAUUUUAUAGUAUUACUUAUUACAGACUUUUACAAUAUAUUUUGUGCUGGAUGUCGCAUGAGCAAAAUGAAUAUUUUAAUUUGUUUUAAUUUUUUGAUUAUCGAAUGCUAACUAAAAAAGUUGUUAUUUAUUACUUCUAAGAUCUCAUAAAUUGAGUCUUGUUUUUGGCAGGUUUCAUAACAUUAUUUGAAUAAAUUAUUUUGUUACAUUGCGACACGUCAGCGAUCCUAUAUACGUAAAUACAAAAGCUUUAGUAUGAAAAAUAUUCCAUUUAUUAGUCGAUAGCUUAACUUAUUCUUAGACAAAUAGUUUACCUAUAGUCACUUAAAAAAUGACACGAAUCAAAACUAGUUGUGCCCAGUAUACGAAUAGCUAAUUAAAUUAAGUAAUAAUGUAAUUUAUUUUAAGAUACAAGUAGUGGUAAUAUUUUUGGAUUCCUAUAAACAUAUACGUAACUUUGUUUCCUGUAUAAUGUAGAAUGUAAAAUUUGGAUAAGAUUCUUUCAACUCCAUUUUUCAUUUAUCUUUAUGGAAGUGCCAAAUUGUUUUCUACUUACAUUGAAUAGUAACAUCACACACUCAUACCUCUUAUAGUUCCUUAAUUUAUUGUUUUAUUGUUUACGAUGCGUAAUUUUGUUUAUUUGAAAGAAUCUUCGUCUAAGUUUUCUCUUUGUUAUAUAUUGUAAAUAUAAUUACUAUAAACUAAUUAUUUAUAUCUAUACAUAAGGUAUGUAAUGAAUUUAUUUUUGUUGUAUAUUUUCGGAAUUCAAAAUUAGUUCACUUGUUUUAUGAACACUGAAUUAUCAGUCACGGGUUUUGGUGGAACUUAUUAGUACGAAAUGGUUUUUAAUGAAUUUCCUUUGAAGCGUGCUCACGAAUAUUUAACAUAAAUUUGUCCUCGUAACGAAGCAUUUGUCAUACGUAAAUACACUAGGUAGGCCCAAUUUAUUGUAAUGUAACAUAAUUAAUUAAUAUUAAAUAGUAAUAAAUGAAGGAAUACUUAAAUGAACUCGCGGGAUUCUAGUGUAGAAAAUGAUUUAAAUGUUUGUGUUUAAUGAUUGUAAUUGUGUGAAAAGUUGUGUAAUUAUUAUAUUACCUAUCUACCUAUCAUAUGAACGGAAAGCGAUAUUAUAAUUUUUUGUACAAUGUCGGCUAUAGUGCGAAAUGGAUCUGCAUUAAAUAAAAUUCUGUUACUGUA